GGGGAACUCAGGGUAGGAAAGAAACAUGGACGACGUGAGGCGGGUGAGUCACCGGAUUCACGACGCGGCUAAGAAAGGGCGGAUCGACGAUGUGGCCAAGCUCUUAGCGGAUUACCCACAACUUGUGAACGACAAGGGGGAGGACGGCUGGACUCCUCUGUUUCGCGCCUGCUACAACAAUCAUCUGGAACUCGCCAAAUAUCUGGCGGAAAAUGGGGCGAAUCUAGGGCGGGAUGCGGACGAUUUUCAAAACACCGCCCUGCACGCUUGUUGCAUUAACGGGCACAGGCAGGUGGCUGAGUUCCUGCUCACCAAGGGCGUGGACGUGAAUGACCACGACAACGUGGGGGGCUGGACCCCUUUACCCCUCGAUCGCCUGUAA